GCGGGCGGUGGAUGCAUCGCAAGGUGUAAAGCACCGCUCGUUCGUCUCUCAUCGUUUCCCCACCGCACCGCUUCCUGCCGCGAGUCUUUGUUAUCGGAGCGUAUCCGGUGGGAUACGUCUAAAACCGUGGUGCAUCGCGUAUGUUCGGGAGUGCGCCACGACACGUGCAAUCGUACGGAUCGAGUGUGUUGUGUCUGUCAUUCUUGAUCGUCUCAUUCACACUCGUACUCGCGAUCGCUCUGCGCCAACUCCGGAGAUGCGCUUCGUUGCAUCUUAAGGCUAAUUUCGAUAUUCGCGGAGAGGUUUCUUCAACGACGGCAAAAGGAAACAUCGCGAAGUUGGGCAAUGUUGUGAAAAAUCGACGAUUACGGAAUUUUUUCGCAUGUUACCUUCGCGAAAGGUGAUUCAUCGAUCUCGAAACAUUGCGAAGGAAAAACGCGCGCGGUUGAUCGAAGGAUCGGCGAUCAGCAUUUAGAAGAAAAGGACGGAAUAUCUCGUUAAAAAGAUGAAGCAUGAGGGAAAUUGUUCAACGGCGGAGGAUUCCAAUGGAAUUUUGUUGCAACCUAGAAAGAACUCGGCGGUGCGGCUACAAAUCAUGCAACCAAAGACGAUUACGCAUUUGCCGAAAAGACCACCGGUCGACCUGGCAUUCACCGAUCUUACGUAUAAGGUCCGAGAAGGUCGCAAAAAUAAUUCGAAAACAAUCCUCAAAUCCGUCAGCGGCAGAUUGCGCUCCAGCGAGCUAACGGCUAUUAUGGGCCCUUCAGGCGCUGGAAAGUCAACGCUCUUAAAUAUUCUCACCGGAUACAAGAUGUCAAGUGCAGAAGGCAGCAUCACGAUAAAUGGCCAGGAAAGAAACCUCAGUGCCUUCAGGAAACUCUCCUGCUACAUCAUGCAAGAUAAUCAACUUCAUAUGAAUCUAACGGUAGCGGAAGCUAUGAAGGUUGCAGCGAACCUUAAGCUCAGCUCACAUGUUAAUCAAGCAGAGAAAGAAGAAGUGAUCCAGGAAAUACUUGAAACUCUCGGCUUGUCUGAGCAUCGCCGUACUAUGACCUCGAACCUGAGUGGCGGUCAAAAGAAAAGGCUCUCCAUCGCUCUAGAGUUAGUGAAUAAUCCUCCUAUAAUGUUUUUCGACGAACCGACUAGCGGUUUGGACUCCUCAUCCUGUUUUCAAUGCAUCUCGUUGCUGAAAACUUUGGCACGUGGCGGCAGAACGAUAAUUUGUACAAUUCAUCAGCCUAGUGCAAGACUUUUUGAGAUGUUCGAUGCUCUCUACACGUUAGCCGAAGGUCAAUGCGUUUAUCAAGGUUCUACAUCACAGUUGGUGCCUUUCCUAAGAACAAUUGGCCUCAAUUGUCCGAGCUAUCACAACCCAGCAUCGUUUAUCAUUGAAGUAUCGUGCGGCGAAUAUGGUGAUAAUAUCAAGAAUUUAAUUAAUGCGAUAAACAACGGCAAAUACGAUAUACGUGAAGGACAUCCGUUCCCCGAGACGAAAGAGGGAAUGAAUAAUUACACUGCUGCGACGGGUAUAUUGAAGAACAGCGAUAACUUGGACAAAACAAAGAUCAAAGACAAAAAUGAUAUCAGUAAUUUGCAGGAAAAGUUCUCGGAGGAAAAAAACGAGAUUAAUAAUGGAAAACUCAUUCAUGGUUACGCUACAAAUGACAUUGCUAAGCAAGCGUUGGAUGUGGCAAUACCAAUGGAUUCGGAUAAAAAGGACAAUGCUAACAUAGCUCUGCUCGAUGAAUCAAUCGUAGUCACAUCUGAGAGAUAUCCCACGUCCGAAUUCAAACAAUUUUACAUCAUUCUGAAGCGCGCUCUACUUUUCAGUCGUAGAGAUUGGACUCUCAUGUAUCUCCGACUUUUCGCUCACAUUCUAGUAGCAGGACUAAUCAGCGCACUGUAUUAUGAUAUCGGAAACGAUGGCGCUAAAGUACUUAGUAAUUUGGGUUUCUUGUUCUUCAACAUGUUGUUCCUCAUGUAUACUUCCAUGACAAUCACAAUUCUGUCCUUUCCGCUAGAACUGCCUGUACUUUUGAAAGAAAACUUCAACAGAUGGUAUUCUCUAAAGUCGUAUUAUUUGGCGAUUACUAUUUCGGAUCUACCGUUUCAGACUAUAUUUUGUAUAUUAUACGUCACCGUUGUGUACUUCCUAACGAGUCAGCCAGCGGAUUUAACGCGAUUUUCUAUGUUCUUGGGCACUUGUUUAUUGAUAUCUUUUGUUGCGCAAUCAGUGGGUCUCGUGGUAGGUGCGGCAAUGAAUGUACAGAACGGCGUGUUCCUCGCGCCGGUGAUGUCGGUGCCUUUCCUCCUCUUCUCAGGAUUCUUUGUCAGCUUCGACGCAAUUCCGGUCUAUCUACGAUGGAUUACGUACCUCAGUUACAUCAGAUACGGUUUCGAGGGAACCGCUUUGACCAUUUAUGGCUUCGGCCGAGAGAAACUAAAGUGUUUUCAGGUAUAUUGUCACUUCAAGGAUCCAGAGACGACUCUGGAAGAAUUGGACAUGCUUGACGCUGACUUCACUUUAGAUAUUCUCGCUCUUCUGCUCAUCUUUGUCGUGCUGCGAAUUGCCGCGUAUCUCUUCCUGCGUUGGAAGAUUAAGACCGCCCGAUAGAUUAUCAAUAUAUAUAAACAUUGUAAAAUCAGAUGUGGUUACAAAUUGUGCUUAAUACAAGUGUUAUCAUCUAUCGGGUAAAACCUCGCAGGCAAAAACGGACGCAUUUUUCGUAAUCUCAUAAAUUAUAUUUAAAAAUGGCGAUACGAAGACUCGGUUCCGGCGUUUCGCGACAAUAACAAUCAAAAAAUAAGGAACUUUACGCAAACAAUGGAUUCUCGCGAGAACUUCUCGAUGAGAACUCUCGCGAAAAUAAUUAUUCAUUGUCGAAGAGGCAUUAGUACAUUUCGAAAGUAUCACGAAGUAUGAUCUACUUUUUGUCACAUUUUAGAGUUGCUAAAGUUUAGUUGAUAAUAGGACCAAUACUAAUAUAACUUAUUUAUAUAUAUCCUUAAUUUAAUAACGACGACGGCUGGUAGUUACGAUUCCAACAUUUAUUCAGGGUAUUAUUCUAUACUAUUUAUAUAUAUA